UAUUUAGUGAGACUGCAACAGUUGCUGCAUAUUUUAGCAGUGCAACUGGUAAUGAUCGAUGGUGAAUCAAAUCAUUAGGCCGUAAAGAGAUUUCCUGUAACGUCCUUUUAUUUUGAAGGGCUUUCGGCGGACGUCGCGCGGCGGCCAUUACGGAAACUCGCACUGCUUGUUUUCGUCGUGACGAGCCUUUGCUCCUCUCCGAGUCGUCGCCUUCGCUCUUUAUUUUGAAUCGGAAAAAAAAAUACGUGAGAUUUUGUCUCGUAAGUCAACUUUGGACUCGUUGCCCCAAGGACGACUAGGCCUUCGGUUGACAGUGACGUGGCGGGCGAUGGAAAGCCAGCGCCGGCGCACUCCCGCGGCAACGACAGCGGACCGGCUAUAAGCGCAAUGGAGAGCUCGCGUUGGCGCGCCCCGCUGGCGUGCUGCCGUCCCCGCGCCCUGGUCUUGCAUGCGCUCUUCUGGGCUCUCGUGGCGCUCAGGGUGUUUGGUGCCGCCCUGCUGGCCGAAGACAAACUAGCAGCGGUCAGAGCCGCCGUGUCUCCCUGUUGGCUGCUGGAGGACUUUGUGGUGACGGGCGAGUGUUCGCAGUGCGACGCCUUUCAGACGAAGACUCAGCCGGCGUGCGGCCAAACGGGCUACGUGGAGAAAAUCAACUGCACCAAGUCCAACCGGGACGAGUACAAAAGUUGUCGCUCGGCCGUCACGGAAGAACGUCGCUUCUGGAAGUUCGAGGCGGCCGCGUUGUCGGCGACGGCUCUGUCGGCCGUCCUGGUGGUCCUGCGGCAGCGCCGGCUCGACCGGCUGGCCUCUGAGAAAGUUCGCCGGCAGAUAGAGUCCAUCUAGCGUCGAACCGAUUGGAAUUCAAAACUUUUGGAUGUCGGAUUUCGGGCCAAUCUCUGCGGGGAAGUCAAUCUUUCCUUGUGCGAGCAGAAGAAAACCUCUGGGAAAGGCGCGAGUCCCGUCAAGUGUCUGCUGGGAGUUGAAGCCGGUUGUCUAUUUGGACUAUUUUGACAGUUAACGUCCACACGGUUAGGUUUUAUUCUAUGAAAGCUGGACAGGAUAAGCUUUGCUUUCUUGGGUUCAUUUGUGCAACAAAGCUACUCUGUCGGAAGAAAUAAAAGCCCUCUAGGCAAUGACCGUCA